AGCAUGCACGUGCAAGCCGGCCAGCAUUAUGGCGGCCACCCGUCUCCUCGGGGCUUCCCGGAUGUGGGCCGGCUAUCGGCUCCGGGCUCUCCCGGUCCCCGGAGGACCUGGAACGCUCUCCGUCCGGGACUACGCCAAGAAGCCAGUCAUGAAGGGCAGCAAAGGUGCCAAGGGCAGCGUGGCCACUGAGGCCCUGAAGGACCCUGAGGUGUGCACAGACCCCGCCCGGCUGACCACACACGCCAUGGGGGUGAACAUCUACAAGGAAGGCCAGGACGUGGCCCUGAAGCCAGACUCCGAGUACCCCGAGUGGCUAUUCCAGAUGAACUUGGGUCCCCCCAAAAAGCUGGAGGAGCUGGAACCCGAGUCCCGUGAGUACUGGCGACUGCUGCGCAAACAGAACAUCUGGCGUCACAACCGGCUAAGCAAGAAUAAGAAGCUGUAGCGUGAGGAUGGAGCAUCUCAUAGGAAGCUGCCCGGCCCAGGCCAGCGAGAGGACUCUGCGGGGAGCGGCCUCACUGCUCCAUGUGAAGACCCGAGUUCAGUCCCCAGAACUCGCAUGGUGGAAGGGACAGAACUGAUUCCUGCAAAUUUUCCCACCUCUGCUUGUGCGCUUGGCAACACAGGCCGAAUGCACACAGACACACAGACAAACACACACAAACACACACAUACCAAUAAACAGGUAGGAAA